AUCCAUCAUGUCUAAAGGCGAGUGUCCCAUGAAGGACGCCAAUGUCGCCGGCGGCGGCACCAGGAACCAAGACUGGUGGCCAAAUGAGCUCAAGAUCAACAUUCUCCGCCAGCACGACCCCCGGCAGAAUCCGCUGGGUGCCGACUUCAACUAUGCCGAAGAGUUCAAGAAGCUGGACUACGAGGCGCUGAAGAAGGACCUCACGGCCCUGAUGACAGACUCGCAGGAUUGGUGGCCUGCGGAUUUCGGUCACUAUGGUGGUCUCUUCAUCCGAAUGGCAUGGCACUCUGCAGGAACCUACCGUGUCACGGACGGCCGUGGUGGCGGUGGUGAUGGCCAGCAACGCUUUGCUCCCCUCAACGCCUGGCCCGACAACGUCUCCCUCGACAAGGCUCGCCGCCUGCUCUGGCCCAUCAAGCAAAAGUACGGCAACAAGAUCUCCUGGGCCGAUCUGAUGCUCCUGACCGGCAACGUCGCUCUCGAGUCCAUGGGCUGCGAGACGUUCGGUUUCGCAGGUGGCCGUGCCGACACCUUCCAGUCUGACGAGUCUGUAUACUGGGGUGGCGAGACCGAGUGGCUAGGCAACGAGGUCCGCUACGCACGCGGCCACAAGGGUGUUGGGGGCGAGGGUGUCGUUGAUGGCGACGAGCACAAGGUUGACCACAAGGACAUCCACUCGCGAGACCUUGAGAAGCCAUUGGCUGCCGCCCACAUGGGUCUCAUCUAUGUCAACCCUGAAGGUCCCGACGGUGUUCCGGACCCUCUUGCCGCCGCGCGAGACAUCCGCACAACCUUUAGCCGUAUGGCCAUGAACGACGAGGAGACUGCCGCUCUUAUCAUCGGUGGCCAUUCCUUCGGCAAGACGCACGGUGCUGCUCCUUCAGAGAAUACGGGACCCGACCCCAACAGCGAAGACCUCGCAACACAAGGCUUCGGCUGGGUCAACAAGCACGGUCGUGGCAAUGGCCCAGAUACCAUCACUAGCGGUCUGGAGGUCACCUGGACCGGCACUCCCACCAAAUGGAGCAACAAGUACCUCGAGUACCUGUACAAGUACGAGUGGGAACUUGAGAAGAGCCCGGCUGGUGCCAACCAGUAUGUCGCCAAGACCACUGACGAGAUCAUUCCCGACGCCUACGACCAGAACAAGAAGCACAAGCCAAGGAUGUUGACCACUGAUUUGUCCAUGCGCAUGGACCCUGGCUUCGAGAAGAUCACUCGUCGCUGGCUAGACCACCCAGAGGAGCUUCACGACGCGUUUAGCCGCGCCUGGUUCAAGCUGCUUCACCGUGACAUGGGCCCGCGAUCGAGGUGGCUCGGUCCUGAAAUUCCCAAAGAGGUCCUUAUCUGGGAAGACCCUGUGCCUGCCGUCGAGGGUGAGGUCAUUGGCGAAGCUGACAUCUCCAGCCUGAAGAAGGCGAUUCUCAGUGCUGGCAUUGAGCCUGCGAAGCUCAUCCGCACUGCAUGGGCGUCAGCAGCUUCCUUCCGCGGUAGCGACAAGCGUGGCGGUGCCAACGGUGCCCGCAUCCGUCUCGCUCCUCAAAAGGAUUGGGAAGUCAACAACCCCAAGGAGCUCGCCGAGGUCCUCAAGGCCCUCGAGGGUGUCAAGUCCAAGUCCAGCAAGAAGGUCUCGUUGGCUGAUCUGAUUGUCUUGGCUGGUGUCGCCGCGCUCGAGAAGGCUGCUGGUGUCUCCGUUCCGUUCACACCUGGACGUACCGAUGCCACACAGGAGCAGACCGACGCUGAGUCAUUCGAGCACCUCGAGCCCGUCACCGACGGCUUCCGUAACUACGGCAAGGGCACCGACCGUGUCCGCACCGAGCAGUUGGACGUGGACAAGGCUCACCUCCUCCGCCUCACUGCACCCGAGUUGGUCGUCCUUACCGGCGGUAUGCGUGCCCUGAACGCCAACUGGGACGGUUCAUCCCACGGCGUUUUGACCAAGCGCCCCGGCCAGCUCACCAACGACUUCUUCGUCAACCUGCUCGACGUCAACACGGAGUGGAAGCCUGCCAGCUCUGGCAACCCUCCUGAGCUGUACGAGGGCAGCGACCGCAAGUCACGCCAGAAGAAGUGGACUGCCACACGCCACGACCUGAUCUUUGGCUCGCAUCCCGAGCUUCGGUCUAUUGCUGAGCUCUACGCGCAGUCGGACAACACGGACAAGUUUGUCAAGGACUUUGUGGCCGCUUGGGACAAGAUCAUGAAUAACGACCGGUUCGAUGUGAAAACCAAGUCGGUGAGUGGUAAAUUGAGUGCGCUGACCAAGCCUCGUCUUUAGAGUGCGAUUCGUUUGCAUUUGCGUUUCGCUCGUUUCGCUCUGAGACGAGGCACUCCGCUCGUGUCCGUUGACUGACGAGUUAUGAUAGACAUGAAUCCUUUACAUAGAGCGUCAAAAGAUACCUAGGUAGCGUAGUGUAGGAUCAAAUAGGCAGAUAGGCAGAUAGGAUAGGAUAGG